AUGUCUUCCGCUCCUGGAUAUUCGCUGCGACAGCGCAGGUUCGCCCCAUUGAACCCUGAGCUGAGCGCGAAGUCGGAUGCGCCGCCUCUGAAAGGAAUCGUGUUUGAUGUUGAUGGGACAUUAUGUCUCCCCCAGCACUACAUGUUCGGAGAGAUGCGUGCAGCACUAGGAAUCGACAAAUCAGUCGACAUCCUCGAACACAUCCGGGGGCUGCCCACUCUCAAAGAUCGCAUGAAAGCCGUAUCCAAAGUCCAGGAAAUCGAGCGUGAAGCAAUGCUCAAACAGCAGCCCCAACCAGGUCUUGUUCAACUCAUGGACUAUAUCGAAUCUAGAGGCAUGAGGAGGGCCUUGUGCACGAGGAAUUUCGAGGCACCGGUAACUCACCUCCUCCAGACGCAUCUCCCAAAACACGUCUUCCUCCCCAUUAUCACCAGGGACACACCCGACCUUCUUCCCAAGCCCGAUCCAGCAGGAAUCCUGCACAUCGCUAGAGAAUGGGGUCUCGAUAACCGCGCCGAUAACCUCAUCAUGGUGGGCGACUCCAUCGACGACAUGACAGCCGGACACACCGCCGGAGCCGCAACUGUCCUGCUCCUGAACGACCGGAAUACGCAUCUGAAAGACCAUGAACACACGGAUCUAUGUAUCGAGCGGCUCGAUGAUCUCGUUGAUAUUCUGGAAAAUGGUUUCGUGGGUCAUCGCGGAGGUGACAAGGCCUCAACGGAAGGGAGGGAGGAGGAAGCGUGA